GCCCCGGAGGAGCCCCUCCUUGUGCUCAGCUAUGUUGGCGAGCGGGAUUGUGCGGAGGGAGCCUCGAAAGAAAGGAUACAUCUGGGGGGUCAAGGCUGAGGGAGAACCAUCUGAAGUAUCACUGGGAAAAGCUGAGGAGCAGAUGCAGGAGCAGAAACUUGAGGAGGCAAGAUGGAGCAAAGAGACAAGACAAGAGACAGACUCACACAGGGGUCAAACCUCAUAAAUGUUUGGAGUGUGGAAAGAGCUUCAGAAUGAGUGACCAACUUACUGCGCAUCAAAGAACUCACACAGAAGACAAACCUUAUAAAUGCUUGGAGUGUGGAAAGAGCUUCAAGUGGAGUGGCAACCUUACUUCGCAUCAAAGAACUCACACAGGGGACAAACCUUAUACAUGCUUGGAGUGUGGAAAGAGCUUUUGUGACAGUGGCAGCCUUACUUCACAUCAAAGAUGUCACACAGGGGACAAACCCUAUAAAUGCUUGGAGUGUGGGAAGAGCUUCAGUCAGAGUUGCCAACUUACUUCGCAUCAAAGAACUCACACAGGAUACAAACCUUAUAAAUGCUUCAAGUGUGGAAAAAGCUUCAGGUGGAAUAGCGUCCUUAUGGUACAUCAAAGAACUCACACAGGGGACAAAGCUUAUAAAUGCUUGGAGUGUGGAAAGCCCUUCAGUCAGAGUGGCCACCUUACUGUGCAUCAAAGAACUCACACAGGGGACAAACCUUAUACGUGCUUCAAGUGUGGAAAAAGCUUCAGUCGUAGUAGCUCCCUUAAGGUGCAUCAAAUAAUUCACACAGGGGACAAACCUUAUAUAUGCUUGGAGUGUGGAAAGAGCUUCAGGUGGAGUAGUGCCCUUAGGACACAUGAAAGAACUCAUACAGGGGAAAAACCCUAUAAAUGCUUGGAGUGUGGAAAGACCUUCAGUCGGAGUGGCCACCUUACUUUGCAUCAGAGUACUCACACAGGGGACAAACCUUAUACAUGCUCAGAGUGUGGAAAGAGCUUCAGUCAGAAUAGCAACCUUACUUUGCAUCAAAGAACUCACACAGGGGACAAACCUUAUAAAUGCUUGCAGUGUGGAAAGAGCUUCAGUCAGAGUGGCACCCUUACUUCGCAUCAAAGAACUCAUACAGAGGACAAAGCUUAUAAAUGCUUGAAGUGUGGAAAGAGCUUCAGUCAGAGUGGCCACCUUACUUCGCAUCAAAGAACUCACACAGGGGACAAACCUUAUAAAUGUUCCGAGUGUGGAAAGAGCUUUAAGUGGAGUAGUGCCCUUACGGUACAUCAGAGUACUCACACAGGGGACAAACCUUAUACAUGCUCGGAGUGUGGAAAGAGCUUUAGUCAGAAUAGCAACCUUACUUUGCAUCGAAGAACUCACACAGGGGACAAACCUUAUAAAUGCUUGCAGUGUGGAAAGAGCUUCAAUUGCAGUAGCUCCCUUAAUUUGCAUCACAGAACUCAUACGGGGGACAAACCUUAUAAAUGCUUCAAUUGUGGAAAAAGAUUCAUGUGUGGUAGCGCCCUUACGGUACAUCACAGAACUCACAUAAGGGACAGACCUUAUAAAUGCUUGGAGUGUGGAAAGACCUUCAGUCGGAGUGGCCACCUUACUUUGCAUCACAGAACUCAUACGGGGGACAAACCUUAUAAAUGCUUGGAGUGUGGAAAGACCUUCAGGUGGAGUAGGGCCUUUACACAACAUCAAAGAUCUCACAUGGCACAAACCUUAUAAAUGAUUGGAGCACGGA